CUAAUUUUUUUGCCUACUCACCGUUAUUAUGGCCACUGAUUAAGGAGGAGAGCGAAGAAGCCAUGGGAGCUGGCAACACGAAGGCGGAUGAUUCGGUCAGUGCGAAAUACUUUGACGAGAGCGAAAGGGUUAAAAUCACCGAACUUUUUCUGAAGAUAUCAAAAGACAAUGAGACAUUUACCAGGGAGCAAUACAAGGAAUACAUCAAGAAUAAGCUCAAUGAUGAUAUUGCUCAGAACUUCUAUGAACAUAUCCUUUGUUCACAAAGCAGAUGUCCAUCUCGGGGUUAUAUACCACACCAUAAUGUGACUGUAUCACAUUUGAAGUUCAGUGACAGCCUAGCCUCUCUUUUGAAGGGCAGCGUGGAGGAAAAAGGUAAGGCUGUCAUUGCUCUUUGUAAAAGGAAGACUGCAGCAAAACCCCCAGCCACAAUCCCAAGGCCAGAAUCCAUUCAGUUUGAAGCUUUGCUACAGUUGGUCGAACAGCUUUCUGAGUCUCUUUGGAUGCAAAUGUCCAGAGUUGUGUCGAACCACUACAACUGGAGCCUGACCUGCCACACUGAUUCAAUAAAACAACUCGGCACUGCACUGCUUGAAGAUCUCUCAGUAUCAAACAAAAAUCGUGACAGCAAUGAGUUUGAACUCAGUGAAACUGAGGUUGAAAUUUGGUUACUCAAAGCAAGUUUAUUCCGGAAAAUCUUUGAUACUGUUUUCUUCAAAUGUUUCAACUUGAUAACAGAUUUUAAUAUUACUGAUGCAAGUGCCUCUUCUGUAUUGGAGCAUCAAUUAAUUCAGCUGCCUCGUGUUACUGGAGUCAAUUGGAACAAAUUUAAUACACUUCUUGAUUUCUCAUCUCUAGUUUACCUUUCUCAUCAUCUCCCCAAGGAACUCUGUGUAAAAUGGACCCUCUUAUUCAGUAGUCGACUCCAUGGUAACAGUUUUUCACAAUUAAUCUCAUAUAUUCUAAAUAAAGGGCCCACUGUCUUAAUUAUUCAAGACAAAGACAAGCAUUGUUUCGGUGGAAUAACCAACUGUAGCUGGCAACUGAGACCCAAAUUUUAUGGUUCCCAUGAUUGCCGUUUAUUCUCUCUCAGACCAAAUCUUGGUGUGUAUUUACCUUCGGGUUAUAAUGACCACUUCAUGUACAUGAACCAAGGACAACAAACCAUUCCAAAUGGAAUAGGAAUGGGUGGACAGUUGCAUUAUUUUGGUUUAUGGAUUGAUGAAAGCUUCGACACUGGCCACAGUAAAGCCAUUCCAAAGUGUACCACCUACAACAGUCCGCAGUUAUCUGGACAGACAGAGUUCCACGUUGACGCUAUUGAAGUAUGGAGCAUUCAGUCUUUGGUUCCAGAAGCGUCGCAGGGAGGAGGCAGCAUUCUUGAUGCGAAUGCUGAUGCCAAAGCACUUUUGGAUAUGAUUGGCAAGGAGCGACAUAGUGAAGGAUUCCGCAAUCCAGAUAAUGAAUCAUUGUGACAUAACUUCUUAUUAUCAUUGUUUUUAUUAUUAUUAUUAUUAUUAUAAGUAAACCUUUGACAUUUCCACAAUAGAAGAAGACAAUCUUCAUUUUAUGGUCCAAUACAAACAGUUUUAUUUUCUCUGCUUCAACUGUAAUAAUAAUAGUAAUAAUAUCUAAAUGAAAACUACCUGUGUACAUAAUUAGUAACUGUAUUAAUUACAGGUAUUAACUAUCUUUGUUACCAUCUUCUGGAUGUAGCUUCUUAAAGCAAUUUUUGGCUGCUUCUGCAAAAUUUAUUGCAACAAUAAUGUAUUAUUUGUUCUUCUGUCUUGAAAUGAAGCAAUACCUUUUUUCUUCCAAGUGCCGUAAUUUAUUUAAUUACUAUUAAAUUAUUAUUUAAAAUAAAUCUCAUAACUGAGAUGAAAAUUUAAUAAAUAAAAAAAAAUGAUUGAAAAAUAUCUUGAAAUAAUGAUAAUUAAUAAUUUAAUUUUAUCAUUAAUUUGUUUAUCAAAUAGAAAACAUUAUUUUAAUAAUUAAAUUUAUGAAAAAUAAAAAACAUGCAUUGAAGACUUUAAUUCUUAUUGCCCCUCCCCCACCUCCAUCCUUUGUCGUGCUCCCUGUACACUAGUUAUUUAAUCCUGUUUUUGGUUUGUUGCCUCCCCUCUUAGUUUUCUAUAAAGUCUCAGUAUUUAUUGUGAGACUGCAACAAAAUCAUCUUAAAUUAUUGCCCAGAUACCUUUUAAAGGGGUUUUCAAUGAUGUUUAUCUAAAUUCUGUGAAACUUAUUUAUUACUACUCAAUAUUUACUUGGCAUAUCAUAUUUAAUUAAACCCAACUAAAAUGAAUUUUGUCCCCAAAAUAUCAGGAUAUUUGUUAUAGAGAAUAUCUUGCUUUUAUGUUAGUAUUUAUAAUGAGCUUAUAAUCUCCCACCAUCGUAUUAUAAUCUCCCACCAACAUAUUAAAAUGUCCCACCUAUGUAUCAAAAUGUCCCACCAACGUAUUAUAAUGUCCCACCAACGUAUUAUAAUGUCCCACCAACGUAUUAAAAUGUCCCAACAACAUAUUAUAAUGUCCCACUAAUAUAUUAUAAUGUCCCAACAACAUAUAAUGUCCCACCGACAUAUUAUAAUGUCCCAGCAACGUAUUAUAAUGUCCCAGCAACAUAUCAAAAAAGCUAUUAUAUUUAAAAUUUACUUUGCUGUAGAUUCUCUGUGAAAUAUUAAAAUAAGUUACUAUUAUUCUUUACCAUUUCUUCUUGGAUUCCUCUCCCCUCUGUCAGAAAUUCCAUUAAUGUCUGGGAAACUAUUAGUUUGAGUCUUGUGUAUUCUGAGGUUUCAGCUGCCAUUCUCCUCCCCACUGUUCUGUGAAUUCUUCCCCAUCUGUGUAUUAUUCAUCCAUUUCUACAGUCUGUCUGCUGGUUUCACUCACAAUUAUCUGUCAUUCCAACAUGUUGCUAAUGGAAAAUAGCAACAUGUUUACACAUUCUUGAAGUUUUCAAUAAACCUUCAUCAUCAAUCAUCCUUAAUCCUACUCUGUAUCUCAAUGACUUAAGAAUCAUCAGUCAUCUUUAAUCCCAUUCUGCAUUUCAAUAACUUAAAUUUUUGAUUGAUCAAAACAGUUCAGACACACUCUCUCAGGCUUAAUUUCACAUCAACAUACUACUACUACUACUACUACUAC